AUAAUUUAAGCAGUGACACUGACUGACAAGUAUUGUUAGUAAACUAGGGUCGAAGUGUUCUUAGUUGAUAGUAAGUUGUAUUUAGAGAUACAACCUUUGUGUUCACAAAGUGAUUACCUUUCGAGAGUAAUUCUUUUCAGUUAGUUGUAACAAACUGAUGGUAACAAUUUCAUGACAAUUUGAAAAAUGUCGUCUCCAAGUGCUGGAAAAAGACGUAUGGACACGGAUGUUAUUAAACUCAUUGAGAGUAAACAUGAGGUAACUAUCCUUGGUGGACUCAAUGAAUUUUGUGUAAAAUUCUAUGGACCUAAAGGAACCCCUUACGAAGGUGGUGUUUGGAAGGUGCGAGUGCACUUGCCAGAACAUUAUCCAUUUAAGUCUCCAAGCAUUGGCUUCAUGAAUCGUAUUUACCAUCCCAAUAUUGAUGAGGUGUCGGGUACUGUCUGCUUGGAUGUGAUCAAUCAAGCAUGGACUGCUUUAUACGAUCUAUCAAAUAUAUUCGAAUCGUUUCUUCCACAACUAUUAACCUACCCUAAUCCGAUUGAUCCACUCAACGGAGAUGCAGCUGCAAUGUAUCUUCAUAAGCCUGAAGAAUACAAAAAGAAAGUACAAGAGUACGUACGGAAGUACGCGACAGAGGAAGCUCUUCGAGGUCAGGAGAACGUUAGUUCCGAUAGCGAAUCAAGUAUGUCAGACUUUUCGGAAAAUGAAGCUGAAGACAUGGAGUUAUAACGCAGGCUGUCAUCAAUCUCCAAAAGCUCGCUCAAAUCAACUUCCUCCCGAAUAGGUGACAUUGAUGAUUCUACAGAUGUGAUCUUAAAAAAGAGUUUUUUAUAUAGUUCUGAUUGUUUUGGUGUUUCAUAGUUUAUUUUACUCAUUGGUAUAGUCGUAGCCGUCGAAGUGUGAUUUCGUUAUCUAACAAGAUGUUUGUUAUUGCCAGUCUAACCUUGCAUACAGAAACAUUACAAAUAUAAAUUUCUGCCUGUUCAACCAUGAUUAGAGCUCCCAGAGCUUCUCUGGGAGACCUGUGAUAGUUUGUGAAAUAGUUUGCUAACGCCAUUAAGGCUACCAGCAAUGCCACUAGUUUUGUUGGUCAAUCUGGCUAAGAUUCAUUAACUUCAAGAUACAGAUGGCAAUGUUUUGUAAUUUAUUUUUAUUUCCAAGGAAGUUUUUGCACCAUACUGCCCUUACAGAGUUGUUAAAAGUAACUGAUACACAUGAGUGAUUUAACUGAUGUAAUUAUUUCAAAUCUCUCAUUUCUUUGAUACUGUCGAAGUUCUUAGAGCUACUUGUUUUAGGGUAUAAUAAUAAUAAUAAUAAUUUACUUAUUUAUUAUAAAAUUAACAAGUAGUAUUAGCGUUAAAAAGCUAAUUAUUUUUUCUCGUUUAUCCUAAUAUGAUAUUCUAGAUGGUUCCAGUUUCUUGUUCGAUUCUUUAAUUAGUAAUUUUUAGUUAUUUUCUUAAAUUUUUGGAUAUAUAAGUAUAUAUGAUGAUAGCAAACACAUCUCAAAUUUUUGUUUAUACGGAUAAGUAUAUGCAUUUCGUG